UUUGGGGGUGGGGGAAGGAGAGAGAAGCAGCAACUGGAAUGUUCUGCCUGGCUCUGGGAUCUGACCAUUUUGUGGGUGUGUUGGACAUUUAAGUUUGGCGAGCGUCUGAGUUCCGGAUUAUAUUUAGAAGAAAGAGAGAGAAAGGGGAGGAGGAAAUUCAUCGAUUUAAAGGGACAAGAUUGUCACUUUGAUGGAAAGUUUAACGCCUGGGAUUUAAAUGAAGCUUUGGCUUUGAGGAAGAGGUGGAAGGAUUUUUUUUUUUUAAAAUGCCGAUUGUGAGUAAUUCCCAAGCGAAUGGGGAGCGUCGGCGGCGGCGUCCCCGGUUCAAUGCCCCGCUCCCGGGUAAGCGCGGCUCCCGGUGCCAUGCAGGAGGAAUCCGGCAACAAGACUCCACCGAGGCGGACGGGAGCCAGCUCUUGCUGCAGACGGACAAUGCCCGAGGCGGCCGCGUCUCGCCGUGCCCAGGCCCGGCCAGUUCACUCAGGCCCCGGGCUCAGGGAGCCGGCUGCAGCUCCGCUCUCCAGGGCGGCUCGGGGGCGCUGCUGGCCGCUCGGCGCAAUGCCAGGAUCUCCCCAGCAGCAGGAGAGCUGAAUUCAUCUUUUCAGUACCAGGCAAGCCUGCACACUUAUAAUUGUAAUGAGGAAGGUGACAACAAGAGUGACGACAGUCCCAGCCCAAAACGCCGGCGUCUCUCUCAUUCUGUCCUUGAGAUCCAGAGUGCAUCUCCUCCUCAGACGCCACCAAUGCGACCAUGGGAAAUAACAGUGAAUAGGCGGCCUCCCUCAGCCCCUUUCAACCAGCGACGAUUCUCAGGGGAACGGUGCAAUACACCAGCACAUCACAGGAGAAGUCCUCCUGCGCGACGCCAGUGGGGUAGGCGUGACAGGCCUUUGCAUAAUCCCAUAAACCAGGAUGAAAACUACCACCAUCCUCCAUAUUCACAGCAACUGCCUAUAGAUGAAAAUCGAUCUUACAAUCACACAAGCCUAUCACCACGUAUGCUUCAUCCUGCUGCACAUCCUCCGCAGCAAAACCCCGUCAUGGUGGAUCUCCACGAACAGAUGCAUCAAGGAACAGUUCCGGUGUCCUACACUGUAACCACAGUAACGGCACAUGGUUUUCCACUCCACGCAGGGCAACAUAUCCCAGGGUGCAACACGCAACAGGUCCCAGCAUGCUCAGUAAUGUUCAGUGGACAGCACUACCCAGUGUGCUGUGUCCCACCACCUCUGAUUCAUGCGUGCACAAUGCAGCAUCUGCCAGUCUCUUACCAAGCCUUCCCUCCACUUAUCUCCGGUGAACAUUUUAUACUGCACCCUCCCCAUCUGCCACCCCACCAGCAUCCCCACCUUCCUCCCUUGGGCCAGUUUGUUCCAAUCCAGCCACAGCACCCACGACUGCCCCUGCAGAGGAUAGAGAAUGAAGUAGAAAUGAGGGGGGACCAGCACCCAGUUGGUGGUUUUACAUACCCGCCUUCACAUCAUCCCCCUGCCAUGCCAACUUCUGUCCCCCUGCAGUAUCUUCCUCAUGAUCCCUUACACCAGGAAUUGCCCUUUGGAGUGCCAUACCCACAUGUUAUGCCACGGAGAAUGACUGGACAACGAUAUCGCUUACAACAGCCUUUGCCACCACCUCCACCCUAUUACCCUAGUUUCCUGCCAUAUUUCUUAUCAAUGCUUCCAGUGCCUCCUGCAGUGGGACCAGCCAUUAGUGUGGAGCUAGAGGUGGAGGAUGUAGAAGUGGAAAAUUAUGAGGCACUGCUAAACUUGGCCGAACGAUUGGGAGAAGCUAAGCCGCGGGGACUCACCAAAGCAGACAUAGAGCAGCUUCCGUCCUAUAGGUUUAAUCCUGAAAAUCACCAGUCAGAACAAACCUUGUGUGUAGUGUGCUUUAGCGAUUUUGAGUCAAGGCAGCUACUUAGAGUCUUACCCUGCAACCAUGAGUUCCAUGCAAAGUGUGUUGAUAAAUGGCUGAAGACCAAUCGUACAUGUCCUAUCUGUCGAGCUGAUGCUUCUGAAGUUCACCGAGAUUUAGAGUAAAGCCAUUUCCGCAGCACAAUAUUUGAAGACGUUACCUAGGUGACGUGGGAGAGCACAAUGUUCACCCACUCAUCUGUGUUACCUUAAGCCUUCCCCUUGAACAACAGCAAUCUAGGAUCUUAUCUGGAGUCCUGUUACCUCUGUUUGCACCGUGCGAUUUGAUGACUUCAGCAAACACCUAGUAUCUUCGCUUAGAAACAGUUAUGGAGUUGUGUUGUACUAACAUUGUGUUCCAAACUCCAAAGAUUUUAACCUGCGUGUAUUUUGAUGUGUAUUAACAUUUUAUAGUUUGUAUGAUCAUUCCAAGUAUUGACACGAAAUUUGAGGGGUUGUGAUCUCAUCAUAUGCUCGAAAAGAAACAGUAGGUGGAAGACGAUGGGGUACUCUGCCCAAUAAACCCUCCAGCAUACUGUACUGAUGGAGCGAAGCAGGAUGCUUGAGAAGUGUGUGCGUGUGCGCGUGCGUGCGCGUGUCUGUUAUCUGUGUAAUGUCUGAAUGUACCUAUCCAUGUUUUCUUGUAUUUGUACCAUACACUGGUCUAGUUCUCUUGUGUGCCUUUGCACACACUAUCCUAACCACUUCCAAAAUAUUUCCUGUAUCGUUUGCAUGAAUAACAGUGCGUGAAUGUGUUUGAGUGAAAGGUUAGAGGAGGGAAAAUAUUUAAUGUGCACAUAUGCAUGCGUGUCCAGCCAGCUUGGACUGGUGAUGACUAGCUCUAUCCAGCUGUGGGUGGGGGUGGGAAUCUGUGCUCAGCUAUUACUGCCAUGCACUGUACUGCACACAUACCUAAGCUCACAGCCUUUGUGGUGCAAAAAUUAUUCCAAGCAGCUAAAUUAUUUAGGAUUUGUGGUUGUUGAUUGCUCUGUAGAUGCCACCAAUUGUUUACCAAUGAUUUAUGUGGUGGGAUAGUGGAUUGUUUACUGUUUUAAUUAGUCCUGACCUGAGGGACGGUGGACUCUGUAGGAGACCCAUUGGCCAGGGGCCAGGGCCCUGUGUUCUGUGUUAGGAAGAUUUUUGCUUUGGUACUUGCACAGUUACAGUUACCUCAUUUUGCCAUGUAUGUAUUUGAAAUUUGCUAAUAUAUAUAUAGGAAAUGGUUCUGAUGCUAAACAUUUUGUGUUUUCAUCCCAUUUGAAUCAUAUUGUUGUAGCAUUUAACAUAACUAGUUAUAAUGUAUUAUACAUCUGUAAACCAAAUUGUUUCAGAGACGAAAUUUUUAACAGAUUUGUACUUUUUUUAUGAAAGUUGCUAGUUAUGCUUUACCAGGUAGUGCAAUCAUUUUUUAUUGUUGUGGCUGAUUUGAGAGGGUUGUUCACUAAUAAAUGUAUGAUGUAUACCAACAUAA